UUUAACAGCAUCUGUGCUGAAAGUAUCUAGCUUAAUAGAUGAAGUAAAAUCAGUAAUAGACAGCAGACAAGGACAAUCUUUAGCUCUUCCGUGUGGUCAUCCAUGUGUGCUUUGCCAAAAAGCGUCGACUUCACUCAACGAAAAUUUCUGCCAAACUGAAACCGAACCCCGAAAUCAAUGCAAAUACGAAGAAGAAAUUGGCGAGAGUUCAGUGGUCAGCAAUGUAAAUUCGAUUGAUGAAGUCUUUUUGUAUGACUUCUGUUCAAUUCACGGACAGUCUUUGGAGAACUGGUGCUGCAAAUGUCAAGUUGCAACUUGCAAGAGUUGCCCUGAGCUGCAUUAUACCCACGGGGUUGUUGUUGCAAGCGACAUGUUCCGCCAAGAAAUGGCACCGAAAUUUGUUAAAGUUGAUUUUCGGAACCAGAUUGGUGCAAAAUUUGAAACGUCAGUCAAGGAGAGCAUAGAUGACUGCGAUGAAGGUUUGCGAUUGAUGAAUGAGGCUCAAAAAGUUGCUGAUGCAUUACAAGUUCGUAAAGCGCAUCUUCUCAAGCAGCGACAUCAUAUCCGAGAAUUGUCACGAGUUGUGGAGGAGUCACAUGAUUCUGCGAGUUUACAAGAAAAUCACUGGCAUUUGUGUAAAAUAAUUUCCAGAGCUGAUGAAGAAUACAAGAACCUCGAGAAGAAAAUAGAGGCCAUGUGUUUCGACAUGACAAAGCUGGAGACAAAAUUAAAGAAAACGUACAAAGCUCUUCAAGAAGCCACUACUGCAAUCUUACCAGAAGAGCUGCUGAGGAAUGGCGAGAGCUGGACCAUACACGGCGAAUAUGAAGUGCGUAAAGCCCUCGCAACACUCAACACUUCUGACCAUAAACCUUCAGGGCCAGUCGUGGUCAUCUCCACUGGCGACAAACCCAUACAAAGUUUAUCUGAACUUCUUCUCCGGCUUGGAAAAGGAGGACAUCAAGUCAAAAUAAAAUUAUUGGAUUCAUUCUGGGCCAAGGAAACUCCGCUUGCUGACUGCGCCAAGUUGGAACAUUUCAUCAAAGAAGGAUAUGGGGUUUCCGUGCUCUCAUUCAUGGGCCACAUGAGGGAGAGCACGCUGCAGAAUUUGGGGGCCAAGCGCCUUCGUAAAAUUGGCCUUCGACUUGAAACGGCGUCUGACGUGAACCUCUUCAACGACAGCCCUGCAAUUGAUUGCUAUAGACACAUUUGCAUCUCAAAGAGGGUUUCAGCGAACGACUUCUUAACAAAGAUCAAAAGAGGAAAACUCUUGUGCAUCCAUGUGGUGGCUCUGGAGGACAAGGAUUUGAGUUGGUUCACGAAAGUAUUGGAGAAGUUGAUCCCCGACAAGAGCGACACAGAGAUCUACUUGCCUGCCUGCGGCCUGACCGACAGCGGAGUCAUGAAGUUGCUGCAGGAUGUCAAAGCAUUGGGUGGCAUCAAGCGACUCUGGUUUGAGAAAGAUAUUUUCCCGCCAUCGGAAAAGGUUCUAUUAGAAUCAGCUGCUAAAUUGACAAGAAUUAACCUGGAAUGGGAUUUCACUCACAUUUGACAUAACGUAGAGAAGUAGGCACAUAACUAAGCCCCCCUAUCUUGUCCUACACUAAAUCCAGUAAUCGAUCGGAAACUAUCAUCAUCAGAUUAAUGACUAGCGAAAUUUCUGCGUUGAUUAAUCAUCAUUAAUCAUCUUAAGGGCAGGGUGGCCCAGUGGUUACA